AUGACAACUUUAGGUUGCAGUAAAUCAUCGUAUAACACUUAUAGAAGGUCGUCCUUGAAAGAAACAAACUCUAAUGAGGCAUCAAGCUCAACUUCGAGAGAUAGCUCAGCUUCGAGAGAUAGUACAACUUCAAGCGAAACAGCAAGCUCUGUUGCCAAGACAAGGUGA